UAUGAAUUUGAAACUAUUAAGUGUCAAUACAAAUGAAAGGUAAGUUAAUUUUUGAACAUAUGUACAUGAUAUUUUGUAUUUUUAUUUUGAUAUUUAUUAUUAUAAACUUAUAAUUUUUUGUAGAAUAUGUCGAAAAGAAAUAUUUGGAGCAAUGAGGAGACGCGGGUUAUGCUGGAGCUUUUUAAGGAACAAAAAAUUAUAGAAAAAAUCGAUGGCAAAAAAUAUCGCAACAGCGAAAUCUACGGAAUGGUAGAAAACUGUUUAAAAAAUAAAAAAAUUGAAAAUAAAAGCGCCAAACAAAUUGAAAUUAGGUGGAAAAAUUUAAAAUAUAUGUACAUAAACAUUAAAAAAGAAAAAAACAAAAGUGGAAAUAGUGCUAACGACUUUCUGUUUUUCGAGGAAAUGGACGAGCUGAUGGGUAUGAGACCCUCAAUAACAACAUUGGAAACAGGAGUAGAUACUUCUUGCGAUGUAGUAACUCCCUCAACAAAUGACUCCUCUAACACAAAUAUAAACCAAGAAGAUUCGGAUGAGCUGCAGCCGUUACCAAGUCCAAGUGGUUUACAAAAUAAUUCCAAACGUAAACGAAAAUCAACAUCUGAUGGGUUGUUAGAAAAAAUUAAUAAAAUGCAGAAAGAUAUCAAUGAAGAUUUUCUGAAGAAACAAAAAGAACUUAUAGACUAUGAAUACAAAUUAUAUUCACAGCAAGAAAAGGAAAGUCACAUGCAAAUGAAAAGUUUGCUAAAGGAAAGCAGUGAUAAUUUCUUGUGUGCAAUCAAAGAUAUUUUCAAUGAUAAUCGUAGCAUAGAUACUAUAAAUUUAGAUAGCAAUAAGGAAAAUAAUAAAAGUGAUAAUCAUAGCGUAGAGACUAUAAAUUUAAUUACAAAAAAGGAAAACAUUGAAACGAGUAAUUAUAAUACAGAGACUAUAAAUUUAAGUGAAUAUGAGGAAAAUAUUAAAAAUAGUUUAAGUUCAUAUUUCCAAGGACGGAUAGACUAA